AUGAACAACGAUGAAGAGUUUCUUCGGCUAUUGAACUCGCUGGAUAAUCCAGAGGCGCAUAGGAUCAAUAGCGAAGGAGGUGAAGACAAUGUAAGUCGAAAGAGGCCAGCUGAGUCGAGGAGACACGGAAAGAAGAAUAGAGUUAAGAGACAGUGCGUGACUAAAUCUUCAGACAAAUCUCGUGAUGAUAAAUUGUUGGCGAAGGAGAUAAAGAGGGAGCUUAUAAGAAGCAAACUAGAAGCACUUAAGGAAGUCACACCCAAUUGCCCAGAGUCGGAUAUCAACGCCAUCCUUGAUUGUGCUAUCGAGUACUUGAAACACUUGCACCUUGCAAUUCUUUUUAGAGUAUUACACGAAUACAUAUGGAACAUGUGACGACGACUGGAGACUGUUUACUUAAGCUGGUGCUGUUUAGUAUAACAUGCCACUUCUAGAGUUUCAGUUAUGUUGUUCUUAUUAUCUCAGAUGUUGUUCUUUUUUUGGUUAUAAUUAAGUUGUAUUGUAUGUUUUCUGUUUAAUGUUACGUGUUUUGUUUAAGCUA